AUGUCGACUCCGACUACUGCAACUGCGACGCUCCCUCCCUACAGUCACAGUCACUUUCACUACCCACACCACCACCAGCAGCAUAAAUCGUUCCCACAACCAAAUACCUCUGCCUACCGCUCUACGAACCCGGUGCUUCCUCCUGCCUCCCGUCUCGUUUAUCCCUCUACCUCCGGCUACAACACUCACCCGGCGACACACGCCGCGUCAAAUGGAGCGAGUCUGAUGCCCCUGGAGCCAUCGAGACACCACCCACACGACUCGGCCGACUUGGCCUCCCAUCGCUCGGAAUCGCUCUACUCAACCAUGCCGGCAAACUCGCAGUCAAGCCGAACCCAAGUGGUGACCAACCCGCCGCCGUCGUCGUCAAAAAAGAGACAGAGAGAUGUCGAUUGGAAUGAUUUCUACAAAAAUGGCCUGCCGACCGAAAUCAUCGUCAUUGAUGACUCCCCCGAGCCCGAGGAGCCGGCAACGUCCAAGAACCUGACCAACGGACAUUCCUAUGCCAGCGGCCCGACCGAUGCUUCGGUCGCCCCUCCGGCCAAGAGGAGGAGAAAAGAGACUGAUGCGGCGCCUUACGACCCUGUUCACCAUAUCGCAUCACACACCCACACUCCUCGCCAGUAUGGGUCGCCAAGCAAAUCGACAACGUCAAGUGGCCGUACCAACUCUGCCAAUCAUACCACGGCCGCUACCUCACUUGGCUCACUUUCAUCAAACGGUCAGUAUGACCACGAGUUGCAGCAGGCGAGCCAGGGCCAGAAGCGGAAAAGAACCCGGGCGCAGACGAACAGCGAGGCGAAGCGUCGCGAGGCUCUGGUCACAGAUGCUUUUGCCAGCUACAUUCCUCCUCGGCAGCCCAUCAAGAAGUCCCGAGAUGUCCCGGUCCAGAUCAUCACUGAUACCUCGCGGGUCGACGAUGACGAAGGUCACUACAUUGUUGUGCCGGACAAUCCCUUGACUGAGCGAUGUAAGUUGUUGCUCAAUUAUGAUGAACGCCUCGGCAUCCUGUUGACGCGAAUCUGGAACAGAUCAGAUGGUCAAGCUGCUUGGACAAGGCACGUUCGGCAAAGUCGUCCAAGCCAAGGACAGGCAGCGUCCAGGGAAGUUGGUCGCCAUCAAGAUCAUUCGCUCGGUGCAAAAGUACCGCGAAGCCAGUGCAUUCACCUCCGAGACUGCUUCGAUUACCGCGGCCACAUUUGCAUCGUUAUGGACCUGUUGGGUCAGAGCGUGUUCGACUUUCUUAAGAGCAAUAAUUUCGUCCCCUUUCCCAACAGCCAGAUUCAGAGCUUCGCCCUCUUGCAUGAUCUCAACUUGAUCCACACGGAUUUGAAGCCCGAGAAUAUCUUGCUUUGUCAUAACGAGUACCAGACGUUCACGUACAACCGCAAGAUUCCAUCCUCGAGCAGCAAUGUUGCCCGCCAGGCCACACAAAGAAGAGUAUUGUUGGACACCGAGAUCCGGUUGAUUGACUUUGGGUCUGCAACAUUUCAGGACGAAUAUCACUCGUCCGUUGUGUCAACUCGGCAUUACCGUGCACCCGAAAUCAUUCUUGGUCUUGGCUGGUCUUUCCCCUGCGACAUUUGGAGCAUUGGAUGCAUUCUCGUCGAGUUCUUCACCGGAGAUGCCCUUUUCCAGACACACGAUAACCUCGAGCAUCUGGCCAUGAUGCAGGCGGUGGUGGACGCCAAUAUCGACACUCACCUUGUCCAGUCUGUAAACCGCCAGCCACGCAAUGGCACCAACCCAGCAUCCAGGUACUUUAAGCGGAACAAGCUUGAUUACCCGACAGCAGAUACCACAAGACAGUCGAAGAGAUUUGUCAGAGCAAUGAAGACACUUCCGGAGAUCAUUCCGCCGAACAACAAGUUCCUGAAAGAGUUCUUGGCCCUUUUACAAAAGAUCUUUGUCUAUGACCCUGCCAAACGGAUAACGGCCAAGGAGGCUCUGAGCCAUCCCUGGUUCCAGGAACACGCUUACCCCGACGACGGAACCGAAGCUGCUCGCAUUCGCGCCGAAAAGCAGAGACUCAACGAACUGUCGGCCAUUGCGCCAUGA